AUGGUACCAACUACCAAAUUAUUGAGAUUUAUUAAGUCUCCAUUCAUCAUAUCAACGUGCCUGUUCUUAUUCAUAUAUUCUACACUAUUACGUCAUCACAGUGAUAACCAUGUAACUAUGAAAAGAAGUUAUAGCAGAAAUACAACUAUAUUUAUAUCAUCAUCAUUACAACGAGAAAUAGAGGGUUUAUGUCCUUUAUUAGAACCCAGUGAAAAUGAUUUAAUUAUUCUGCAAGGACGAAUGCAUCGAAAAACUUCACAUUUGUCUACACAGGAUAACAAACUCAUCUGUGACGUCAUCAAAAUGUGUGAUCGGUUUUCAUACACGGUGCAAUGUCGAACAACUGAAUGUGGGCAAUAUCGCGUGGAUUUUACCUUGAAUAAAAGUUCCAAAUCGAAUAUCACUAUGGAUUUAUUAGAGAAGAUUAUAUUUGAUCAGAUAUUUGGUGAUAGAGAUCAUGAUGGUGAUAUUGGUAGUAAAAUACAAGUAUUCUGUGAGAAAACGUACCUCAGUAAAGUUCUUCAACCUGUUCGACUCAGUUUAGAUAUUGAGUACUCUGAAAACAAGUUCUGUUAUGAUAACGACCAAAUUUUGCAAAAUAUACACAACUCACAAGAACUGUUUCCAUUGGAUGCCCGUGUUUUCCAUUUCACCCAUAUUUCCAGGAAUGAGUUCAUUUCUAAAUUCAACAAUUUCGCAUCUGUUCAUUUGAGUUUGGUCAAUGAGAAAGUGGAAGUGAUUGAUUUUAAACGAGUUCAGGCUGAACAUUGGGAUGAACAGAAAAUGUUGGGUCGAGUUCUACCCGAUAUUAUAUAUACUGAUCAACAUUCAAAACUGAAUAACAUUUGCUUUAAUAUUGUGGAUUUAGCUUGUAAUAUUUCCUAUCCAAGACAUAAAUUCUUUCACAAAUUUUUGAUCAACUCGAAUGGUCCUUGUAGAAAAUUCAUUGGCGUUUUAGCUGAGAAUCGCGAAUUAGUACAAAGUUUUUGUAACAGAAUUUCAAAUUCUCAAAAGGGACCAAAUACUAAAGGAGGAGUUUCAUAUUAUUAUGAUUUUUAUUCAUUAUUUACAAUGGCACAUAUAACUAAUACAUUUGAACAAACGCUUCUCAGUACAUCCAUGGUGAAUCUUUCCGAAGUUCGCUCGCAUCAAAUUGAACAUAUGGACAAAGCAUUAACUAAUAUAGUUUCAGAACUAUUGGCUAAACAGAACAGUAUCGUGAUUUUAGCAAGUGAUGCUGGCAGACCAUCUACUUUAUCAUUAAAAAGUAAAGAGUUCUUCCAUGUUGAGAAUAGUAACCCUAUGUUCUUUAUCUUACUACCAAAGCGACUGAGAUUAAGCUUGGGUGAAGAUUUGACGUCUAUUUUAAAGAUGAAUAGUUUUAGGCUCAUAUCAACCGCAGAUAUACAAGAAACCAUUAUAGAUUUGAUGGAAAAGUCGGCAAGGAUUCAGAAAUCUGGUAGCGAAUACAUUGGUAAGGAUGCUAGUUCCGGACACUCUAUGCUAGAUCCCUUGACGAAAUCACGAAGUUGUUCUCAAUUAAAUAUCGCGCCACCAUUAUUAUGUAUCUGUGAGGGUGUCUUCGCUUCUUAUCCUAACGACUCUAUUCAGACUGCUUUUGUGGAAUUUGCUAUCGGGACUAUAAAUAAAGAGCUCAGUGAAAACAACGCAACCUGUAGUUUUAUAAGUGGGGUGAUGUUUAGUAAUAUAAGAAUAGCUCAUAAUCGUGGAUCUCGAUUAAUGAAAUUUGAUUUAGAUGUCAAUUUAGAUCGUUAUGGGACCAUUUACCAAAUAAAUGAUCUGGAGAUUGCUUUUAAUGGUUUCAGUUCUCUCAGGAAUUUUGAUAUCAAAAUGAAAGAAUUGGAUUUCAAAGACAAGAAAAUUUUAUCAGAAUUUUCGCAAUUUGGUUGUACGUCUCUUAGUGGUGUGGAUGUUUCGUAUCCAUUGAAUUUAGAUUAUGCUAAUUUAAAAGGCUUCGGUGUGGAUCCCGAGAUUGUGCCACUUCAUCAGCAAUGUCUUAUGUUAGUGGUAAGAAACUAUGGGGACAGUGUAACUUAUAUUAUUGGUAAUUUCUGUGAAUCUCGGCAAUAUCGUGUUAUGUUCAACUUGGAAUUAUUCCAGAUGAUAUCAACUGUCCCUUUGCCAGUUUCCUUAAUAUUAGACUCCGGAGAUGUCAAAUUCUUGUGUUCUAUAACUAAACAAUCGUAUAACAUACGUAAAUUUUCACAUACUUAUCAAUAUGAUAUACAUUAUGAUAUCUACCCUUAA